AUGGCCGCUGUUAGCUUAUGCAGUUGCAUCCAGGAAAUGAAUUCCGGAGCCUCGUUCCUGCUUAUCUUUUAUUUGAACCGUGGUGGCCUUAGUGCUGUUAGCAAUGAACGACCAAUUCCGACGAGAAUCGUGUGGAGCCAGCAGCUAGAAUUACUGCUAAAAAUAGUGCGAGAAGAUCACGUUUGGGGCGCGUUUGCUGCCCGUGCUGCUUUCCCGGCCCACGUUGGGCGACCGAGCAGUACACCAGCUGGUCGUCGUGGCGGUGGUACCGUGGGUGCUCAUGCGAAUUUCAAGAUGGGAGUAAACAAAUAA